AUGUUUGAGGAUAUUUUCGCUCGCAGUGGAGAUUCCGAUGCAGUUAAACUGCACCAUCUCGACAAGGCUCUAAUAGACGAUGCAGCGGGCUGGAUUACAGCAAAGAUAAUUACAGACAACAAUUUUCAACAAACAUGGCAGCAACUCAUCGAUCAAUAUGAGAAUCCAAGAGUGAUCGUCGAUACACAUCUCGACGGAUUGCUUGAUUUAAAGCGAAAUUUUAAGGAUUUACUCGAAUUAGUUAAAUCUUUCAAUCGCCAUGUUGGCGGGCUCGAGUAUCAGGGGCUGAAAGUGGAUGAGCUUUCAGGCCUCAUUUUGGUGAAAAUUCUUACGUCGAGAUUAGAUAGCCAAACACUUCAACUUUGGGAGAGAAACCAACAGCAUGCUAAAUUACCAAAUAUUCAAGACACCGUAUCCUUCCUUCGCAGCGAAUGUCAAGUUUUGGAAAGGUUCAAGAAUCGAUUCCAGGUAACAUCAAAGGAGGCGCAGUCUAAGCAGUAUACGAGCUUCAGGCCGUCGAACCAGAAAUCAUACGCAGCAACAGCUGCAACUUCCGUAGGUUCCUGUGAAAUAUGUAACGAGAGCCACCGCCAUUUUGAGUGUCCGGAGUUUCAUAAGCUAUCACCGAUCCAGCGUAACGCAAAGGUGAAGGAAUUGAAAAUAUGUUUUAAUUGUCUCCGUCCUGGGCAUAGAUCCCUAGAAUGUUCAUCGAAGAAAACAUGCGCUCGAUGUCACCGUAAACAUCACACACUUUUGCAUCAGGAAUCGUCUACUACAGAAGACCAUUCUUUCAGCCACAAAAUGGAAGAACAACCAUGUUCCAACACCCCAGAGAAGUUUACCGUCUGCGAGCCAGUCACCAAUACUGUUGUAUCUUGUAAUUGCCACAGAGCUACUACAACUGUGAUGUUAAUAACUGCUAUGGUGCGGGUCAGAGAUAAUUGUGGAUACACAACGCCUUGCAGAGUGUUGCUGGAUAGCGGAUCACAAGUGAAUUUCAUAUCCAAGUCGUUAAUCGAUCGUUUGUCCGUCACACGACGGCCAGUGUACAAGCCCAUAGCCGGAAUUGGUGGGACCAAAACGUACGCCAAAGAAACAGUGAUGGUGGAAGUAGAAUCGAUGCACUCCGACUAUUCCACCAAUUUUGAAUGUUUAGUGGUUCCUAACAUAACGGGAUCAAUUCCAGCAACGCAUAUAGAAGUAUCAUCAUGGCCAAUUGAUAACAAUAUACCCAUCGCAGAUCCGAACUUCAACAACCCGGCUCCCAUCGAUAUGCUAAUUGGCGUCUCACAAUUUUUACAAUUGUUGAAGACGGGCCGUGUUCAGCUAGGAAACAACUUGCCUGAAUUGAUAGAAACAUAUCUUGGAUGGGUAUUUGCUGGUAGCAUCGACGAUGGCGACUCUCAACAUUGUUUAGCCGUUGCAAAUGAUUCAAUCUCCGAAGUUCUACGCCAGUUUUGGGAGUUGGAAGAAAUUAAUGAAGCUUCACAAUCUACUGAACAAGAAGAGUGCGAGAAAAUAUUCCAAACCACCCAUUAUCGAGAUAUUACAGGAAGAUAUGUGGUAAGUUUACCUUUGCGAGAAUCAAUUCAAUACCUAGGUAACAAUCGAACACUGGCCAUGCGACGCUUCCUUUCGCUGGAAAGAAGACUUGCGAGAAAUCCGGAACUGAAGCAACAGUAUCAGCAAUUUAUCGAAGAAUAUGAAUCUAUGGGACACUGUCGAGAAAUAAAGGAAUCCAAUUGUUUACUCGACAAGGGCACGUAUUAUAUUCCGCAUCAAGCUAUUCUGCGCCCAUCGAGUUCAACAACAAAACUGCGAGUAGUGUUUGAUGCAUCGUCUAAAGCAUCACCGAGUGACAAAUCACUUAAUGACGUCCUUCAAGUAGGAGGAAUACUUCAAAGCGAUAUUUUCAGUAUCCUGUUACGAUUCAGGAAACAUCGUUUCGUUUUCACAGCCGACAUUUCAAAAAUGUAUCGUCAGAUCCGAAUCAAUCCAAACCAGACACGCCUCCAAAGAAUAUUCUGGCGUUCUCAUCAAGAUGACCCUCUUCGUAUACUGGAACUUACUACAGUGACGUACGGCACGGCUGCCGCACCAUUCUUAGCGACCAGAUGUUUGAUGCAGCUUUGCGAGGACGAAAAUGAUUCAUUUCCACUCGGCGCACAAAUCGUCCGCCAAGAUUGCUAUGUUGAUGACGUUAUUUCGGGUGCGAAUUCAAUUAACGAAGCGCUUGUCACCCGGAACCAAAUUCGAGGACUGCUGAUGAAAGGUGGAUUUCCAGUUCAUAAAUGGAGUUCGAAUAGUGCUGAAAUUUUAAAUGACACCGGAACCGGACCGAGAAAACGCUCGGUAUUGUCCGACAUUGGUAAACUUUUCGAUCCUCUGGGACUUCUAACACCAGUCACCGUUAUCGCCAAGAUGAUUAUGCAGAAAAUUUGGAAAUCUGGUCUCCCAUGGGACGCACCUUUGGAGAACGAGCUACUGGAAUCCUGGUUACAUUUUCGUGAGGCUUUAGCAUCAGUGAGCGAAAUAAAAAUUCCCAGAUAUACCAUGAUUGUAAGUGCUGCUGUCGUGGAAAUUCAUAGGUUUUCCGACGCUUCAAAUGCUGCAUACGGAGCAGUAAUAUACAUUCGAUGCAUCCUAGCAGAUGGUAUAAUCCGCCUUAAUAUGUUGUGCAGUAAAUCCAAGGUAUGCCCAAUGGGUGAAAUGAGUAUUCCCCGCAAGGAAUUGCUUGGCGCUCGCCUUCUCUCGCGUUUAAUAGUGAAAGUGCUGAAAUCUCUACAGUUGGAGGUCAAACAAGUGGUUCUAUGGUGUGACAGCCAAGUGGUGUUAGCUUGGCUUCAGAAGCCACUAUCAGUUUUAGAAGUGUUUGUACGUAAUCGCGUGGCAGAAAUAGUGAAAAAUACCGAAACUUAUGCAUGGAAGUAUGUGAAAUCCAAACAAAACCCCGCCGAUUUGAUCUCCAGAGGACAGUUUCCAAAGGCUCUCAGUACUAACGAACUUUGGUGGACUGGCCCACAAUACCUUAGCAUCCUCGAGUAUCAAUCAGAAACCCCUGAAGACAUUCCUGAAAAUGAAAUUCCGGAUAUCAAGCAGACAACCGUCAUAGCCGUGCCAGUAAUCAACAACGAGAAGUUGCCGAUAUUUUCAAAGUUUAGCUCCUUCAGGAAACUGCAGCGGGUAAUCGCAUUUGUGCAGCGAUUCAUCCGCAAUUGCCAGCUUAAAUCAUGUACGGAACGAGUUCUGAAAAAUCAUCCCACCAUUCAAGAACUCCGUUCAGCCUCUCACUUGAUAGUGCAGAUCAUACAACAAGACGUUUUUGCUGAUGAAAUUCAACGAAUGGAGUGUUGCGCGUUGGAAGAAGGCUUCAAAACUCCCAGCUAUCUUUUAACUGCAAGCAUCCGUAUUUGCUCCCUAAACAUCCAAUUACCGAUCGAAUUAUCCGCAUGUAUCAUGAAGAACACCUACAUAUCGGACCAACAGCAUUACUAG